CCGGCGCUGGGGAUGGAGCGUGUGCGGGGAACUGGGGCCGUACUGGUGGUACUGGUGGUGCUGGGAGCCCCCCCGGCUGCGGGCGAGGAGCUCUCGGGGGUGUUCCAGUUUCUAGCAAAGUCUGAGUGUCACUUCAUCAACGGCACCGAGCGGGUGAGGUUCGUGAGGAGGCUUUUCUACAACCGGCAGCAGUACGCCCACUUCGACAGCGAUGUGGGGGUCUGUGUGGGGGACACCCCGUUUGGGGAGGAGGUGGCCUGGCACUGCAACAGCCGACAGGAAUGGCUGGAGUACCAACGGGCUCAGGUAGACACGGUCUGCCGGCACAACUACAAGGUGUCCACCCCGUUCAUUGUGAACCGCAGAGUGCCCCCCCAGCUCAGCCCAGUGUCUCCCCCGUCUCUCCCAGUGCCCCCCAGCGUGUCCAUCUCACUGGUGCCGUCGAGCUCCCAGCCCGGCCCCGGCCGCCUGCUCUGCUCCGUGAUGGAUUUCUACCCUGCACCGGUGCAGGUGAGGUGGUUCCAGGAUGGGCAGGAGCUGCCGGAGCACGUGGUGGCCACCGACGUGGUCCCCAACGGGGACUGGACCUACCAGGUGCUGGUGAUGCUGGAAAUCCCCCGGCGCGGGUUCACCUACACCUGCCAGGUGGAGCACAUCAGCCUGGAGCACCCCCUCAGCCGGCACUGGGAGAUGCCACAGGACACCGUCCGCAGCAAGAUCCUUGUGGGGGUCGGGGGCUUCGUGUUGGGCUUUGUCUUCCUGGUGCUGGGGCUCGGCUUCUACCUGUGGGAGAAGAGCUCCUGAGUCGACGGCGGCCUCAACCCCUCCCCGUGGCCUCAGACCCAGCUGGGACCCCCCAGUCCAUCCCCACCCGGAGUUUUGGGGGGUCGUGUGUCCCCCUGGCCCUGCUUUUGUUCUCACACCAGCCACCUGCUGCUCCCAGUGCUCCCAGUAAAGCUUCCCAGUUCUCUGCAGUCCUGGUGUUGAAGGGCAGGUGCCCUCCCAAAGCCCCCCCAGAAUCAGCUUAUCCAAACUGUACAAUGGUUGGCACCCGUUGUCUUUCUGCUUCCAGGAGUGUGUAUUUUUCUGCCAUGUCUGGUUCAAUGUUUGUCACAGCUUAUUGGCUCAAACUGUAUCUGCUUUGUUUAAAGAAAAAGGGGGAAGUGUAGGGAUUUUUAGUGCUAAUAUAGAGGAUAUGCUGCAGUUGUGAGAACAUAGACUGAUAUUGCUAACUAGAGGAUAUGCUACUAUCAGAAUAUAAUCUUAUGUUUCAACUCUGAAAACAUCUGUUGUUCUGAUGGCCUUCUGAUGGUACCAGGAUGGGAAAGACCUACCAAGAGAAACAGUAGCAAAACUAGAAAUACAAAACAGGGUCUCAGUACCGGCUCUCAGAGUGGGAAAGGACAUAAA